CUCUCUUUUAACCGUAAAUCAAUUUCCCGGUUUGAGUUCUCCCUCUUCCUCAUUCUCACUCUCACCUUCACAGCCGCUGAUUCCCUCCGAACAGCCUUCCACGACGCACAAUCGUCUCAACAACAUUUCUUGUUCCACCGAGUUCAGGUCUACGCUCCCCUAGCUGAGUUUGGUGGCGUCGUCUGAUCCACGGCGCCGGCGUAAGCAUAUAUAUCCGAUUAUCAAAAAUAUUGGUUCGUUGCCUUCCUUCAUUUGAGCUGAAACUUUUGCUAGCCUUUGAGGACCGGUGUCGUUUGCGUCUGUGUUUCAAGGUCAGAGUAUGAUCCAUGCUUGCUUCCACAUUCUUCAAGCCAUUGAAUUUUGGAGUAGCAACAACUAGAAUAUCCUCGAGUUUUCGACCAAAAGUUGUGUGUAAAAAUUUUAUUCGGAAGAUCCAAAUGGGAACUAAUCAGAACUCCAUCUCAAGAGAUUCUAGCAGCAACUCUAGAGGAGCCCUGGUGGUUCUAGAAGGGUUGGAUCGAUGUGGGAAGACUACACAGGCCAGUAGAUUAGCCCAGUACUUGGAAGGACUUGGCCAUUCUGUUGAACUAUGGCGGUUUCCUGACAGAACCACUAGCGUUGGACAGAUGAUAUCUUCCUAUCUUUCUAAUGAAUCACAGCUGGAUGACCACACAAUUCAUCUUCUUUUCAGUGCUAACCGAUGGGAGAAGAGAUCCUUAAUGGAAACUAAGUUGAAAGGUGGAACCACAAUUAUUCUUGAUCGGUAUUCUUACUCAGGGGUGGCCUUUUCAUGUGCCAAAGGACUUAACUUUGAGUGGUGUAAGGCGCCAGAGGUUGGCUUGCUAGCUCCAGAUCUAGUACUUUACCUAAACAUAUCUCCAAAGAUGGCUGCAGAAAGAAAAGGAUACGGAAGUGAGAGAUACGAGCAGAUUGAGUUCCAGAACCAAGUUGUUGAGGCCUAUCGAGAUUUGAUGAUUGGUUCUAAUUGGCAGAUUGUUGAUGCUUGCCAACCCAUGGAAGUUAUUGAGAAAGAGCUACAGGAGAUUGUCCUGGACUGUGUCAAGAAAUGCCAAAAUGGGGCACCUCUUUCCGAUCUUUGGUCAAAUUGAUGCAUUCUUCUGAAGCCUGAGUGGUUUUAUUUUCACUAACCCUAGUGUUUUUAGUUUGAACAUGUUCUGAACUUGGGGGCUUGUCUUGUGUGUUUUAUGUUUCUUUGAACAUUUAUCUAAGUUUAGUUUGGCGUUCCUUUCUCACAAAGUUCUAAUUUUCAAGUAUUAUAGACUAUAAAAUUAUGAAUUUCUGA